AUGGAAAUCAAUAACUUAGUUUUAUUUUCGUUUACUUUGUUUUUGGUUCUAGGCUUUGUGAAGGGAUUUGAUUAUAGCGAGAAAGAGCUUGAAACAGAGGAGAGUUUGUGGGAUUUGUACCGGAGGUGGAGGAGCCACCACCAUGUGGCGGAGAUAAGCCGCCAAGAGAAACUCAAGCGGUUCAAUGUGUUCAAGUUCAACCUGCAACAUGUUCACAACACAAACAAGAUGAAAAAACCGUAUAAGUUAAAGUUGAACAAGUUUGCUGACAUGACUAACCAUGAGUUUAGAAGCAUGUAUGCUGGAUCAAAGAUAAGCCAUCACCGGAUGCUGAAAGGAGAGCGUAUUGGAAGUAAGGGUUUCAUGUAUGCAAAUGACGAUAAUGUCCCUGACUCGGUUGAUUGGAGAAAGGAAAAUGCAGUCACCCCUGUCAAGAAUCAAGGCCGAUGUGGAAGUUGCUGGGCAUUUUCAACUGUGGUUGCAGUAGAAGGAAUAAACCAGAUCAAAACCAAGAAACUAGUAUCCUUAUCAGAACAAGAACUUGUGGAUUGUGACACUGGUGAAAACCAUGGAUGUAAUGGAGGACUAAUGGACAUGGCAUUUGAUUUCAUUAAAAAGAACGGAGGUCUAACUACUGAAGAUAACUACCCUUACACAGCUGCAGAUGGAAGUUGCAAUAAAGUAAAGGUGGAAAAUCAAGUAGUAUCGAUUGAUGGACAUGAGGAUGUGCCAGCUAAUGAUGAGGAUUCUCUAAUGAAAGCAGUUGCUAACCAGCCUGUAUCUGUUGCCAUUGAUGCUGGAAGUUCUGAUUUCCAGCUCUAUUCAGAGGGAGUUUUUACCGGAAAAUGUGGAACGGAGUUGAAUCAUGGAGUAGCGGUGGUUGGUUAUGAUACGAGCGACGACGGAACCAAGUACUGGAUAGUGAAGAACUCGUGGGGAGCAGAUUGGGGAGAGAAGGGAUACAUACGGAUGCAACGCGGAAUUUCUGACAAGAAUGGGCUCUGCGGCAUAGCAAUGGAGGCUUCUUAUCCUGUUAAGAACUCUGAUACAAACCCCAAUUCAUCAUCGAUCAGGGAUGAACUCUAG